AUGCCGAGAGAUCUUCCUGAAAACCCACAUGCAGUUCACCCUGAAUUCCUGCCUGUAAUUAUGGUGUUUAUAGGGCUCAUCAUGUCAUCCAUGGUUGUUCUUUUCUGUGCAUCUGAAAAGAAGAAAAAGAAUACGAGGAGGAGAAGCGAGGUGAGUUUUGGAUAUGUCAAUGGAGGAGAUAAGAAGAUAAAGGGGGGUGGUGGGAAUAGAGAUGUUUGGUUUGCAGGAGCAGCUGGUGUUUCAGGAGGCGUUAUUGCUGCUACGGCUAUAACUUCUGCUGGGAAUUGCGGCGGUGGCGGUGGCGGCGACGGCGGCGGUGGUGGCGGCUGUGGUGGUGGCGGCGGCUGCGGUGGGGGAGGAUGUGGCGGCGGCGGCGGCUGUGGUGGCUGA